AUGGAAUAUUUAGGGCAGACCCAGACAGCGACCUACAUGACGGGUCCUCGUCACCUGACCCACUACACCCAGCUACCAACCAUCGGCACCAUGCAGGCUACUCAGAGGUCAUACGACACAUACCCUGCUCCGUCACCUCUCAGACGUUCUGUAACAACUCUCCCUUGGAGACCCAGUGCCUACUAUCAGUCGGCAAUGAUAAACCCAGCCAUUGCGUUGACUCGCAGCACCAUCGAGCCAGCAUCCACCAAGUCACAACUGACUGAACUCGAUGCUCACAGAGUACCUCCCGUGUUUACUGCAGCCAGAAAUGCUCUUUACACCCGCUACACACCCAAUGAUUGGCUAGCCUCUAACCAUAGCAACUAUCUAGCAUCGGACCGUGUCCGCAAUGGAGCAGAGCGGCUUCGACUGGAAAGUGUCCGACUUUGCAGAGAAGCAGACGACAAAACCAAGCGUACACAGAAUGACGUGGGAAAACGACUCGGAGAACGUAUUUUGGACAUCAACUUUUGGAAGAACGAACUCAGCCAUGAAACUGACAACAUACUAGCAGAGACUAGUCAGCUACUGGAAACUAAGAAAAACAUGGAGAAGUUCCUAGCUGAAACAGCGAACCCGCUGCACAUUGCACAGGAGUGUCUGUACAACCGGGAGAAACGGCAAUCUGUUGAUCUUGUUCAUGAUAAUCCUGAGAAAAAGCUAAUUAAGGAAAUUGACAUCAUCAAAAGAUGUCAAGACAAGAUGAGAAAUGCUGUUGAUAGGGCCAAUGUUCAGCUGAGCCUGAACCGUGCAGCGCAGCAUGAACUUGAAAGAGACUCCACUGAUAAGUUCGUGGCGGAAAACCUGGACACAACAUGCCAUGGAUUGCGGAAUUCAAGCAGAGGCAUCGCCUACCAUGACGGUGUUCAUAGAAUUGAUAACAGUGUUUCAGUGCCAGAAACAUGGGCGAAAUACACCAGUAACAACAUCCGGCGGUCACAGUCUGAACGAGCAGCCAGCAAAAACCUCAAGAAUGAGCUGGACGCUAUAGUUAAUGAGUGUAACAACGAAAUGUGGCAGGAGUGGAAUGCUGUCAACGUGGCCCUGAACCAGAGGAUCCAAGAAACAACAGAUGCCAGGAAUAAAAUCCAAACACAUUUGUCAAAGGUUCUUCAAGAAGUAUUUGACUCGGAGAAAAACAUCGAGCUCCUAAAGAAAGCAAUUCAAGACAAGGAAGCUCCGAUGCAGGUGGCUCAAACGAGACUGGAGACCCGUUUGAGGAGGCCUAAUGUUGAGCUGUGCCGAGAUCCUGUACAACACAGGCUGGUUGAGGAAGUCGGAGAGAUUACUGAUACAGUAGACAUUCUUCAGUACAAACUACGGGAAGCUGAGAAUGCACUGCAAGCACUUCUUCGCACCAAAGCUGCCCUGGAGCAAGACCUGAGUAUCAAGAAGAACAGUCUGUUUAUUGACAGAGAGAAGUGUCUUACUCUCAGGAAGACCUUCCCCAUGGCUCCACGCAUUGCUUCUCUCUAA